CCACCCCCCACGCACGCCGAGCACCCGCCCAAACCACAACCACCACACUCGACGCCGCGAUGAUGGACACGACGACGUCGUGGGAGAGUAGUGAUCCGACGCUGUCGGCAGCUUCGCAGGAUGACUUUCAGUUUCUCGAUUUGGGGAUCAAUGGCAUGGGCGACGAGGUGGGGUUUAAUUUCCAGGACUAUGCCCCGCAGCAACAGCAGAAUCAGCAACAGCAACAACAACAACAACAGCCGCAACAACAGCAGCAGCAGCAGCAGCAGCAGCAUGCGCAGAUUAUGAGACAGAGGGGCGUUGAUGCGAUGGGCUCGGCAAUGGGGAAUGAGGCCGCGAUGAUGGAUCUCCAGAAGCACGGGAUGAUGCAGAACCACAUGCCGAUUACGACGAGUGCGGCCAUGUCAGCGAUGACCCAGCCCUCGCCCGUCAUCACGCAGAACGCCGCGGCGCCGGAUAGCAGCCUCGUCGAGAUCGAUGCGCAGAUCCAGUAUCUCCAGUUGCAGCGCCAGCAGCAGCAGCAGCGCAUUGUCCAGGAGCAGCACCAGAAUUACUAUGUCCCACACAACAAUCGUGGUGUGCCGCCCACGCCGAAUAGCAUUGAGAUGCACAGUGGUGAGAGGCAGCUGUACCAGCAACAGCACGAUCCGCAGCAGCAGGCGAUGUUUGAUUCUUAUCAGAUGCGCCUGAGGGAGCAGGAGCUCGCCUUCACACCCCUCGUUUCCCCCGCCGUCACCCCAUUGGAAACCCACUUCAGCCUCCCAGAAUACACCAUCCCAGGUGCCUACUUCAGCCCCCUCUCCUCCCCAGCACUACACGCCCACACCGAGUACAGCUCCAUGUACUCCCGCGCCGAGGUCUCCGCCUCCUCCCCCUCAGACAUGAACAUCGAUCUCCUCCCCCCUCCCGCCAACUCCACGGGAGGCCCAGGACGCAAGCACUCCAUCGGUGCGGGCCGGAAACCCGCCAAGCCGCGAGCCCCGCGCGCAGUCCGCCAGUCCCCCGUCGUCAAGGCGCAGAGGAGGAAAAUGACAAGCACCUCGAUAUCAGCUGAGACGCUAUCUGAGCUCGUCGAGCCAGCCCUAGCAGCGAAGCGGUCGUCGACGAACUCCCCCUCGCAGCCGCAGCCACGAGAUUCCUCAUCGGAGAACAACUCCAUCUCCCCCGAGCACCUCUCCGACAUGGCUCCCCCUCCCCUCCCCUCCUCCAACUCCGUCAGGAAAUCCCCCUACCUCACGGCGCAAAACAGCCAUCCGCGCGUGCAACAAAUCAUCUCCGGCACCGCGGCAAUGUCCCCCGCCACCCCAGCAUCCCUAAUGCGCAUCCCGCGUAAUAAGGAGACCAUGGCCUCUCCCUCCCUCAGUGUCCACGCCGAGCAGGACGACGACCAGCUAAUGGAAGAUUUCGUCCUCCCCGAAGCUGCAAAUCCGCACGCCGAACCACCCAAGGUUGCUACGCUCGAAAAUAACGUUGCCGCAGCUGCCUCCCUCCCCAAUCCCGGCUCCCGCACGCCGUCUUUUAAACCCCUUAACGACCGCGAUACUUCUUCUUCUACUUCUACGAUUACAAACAACAACCCCACGCCCUCCCCGCAAAUAAAACCUCAACCCCCAACACCAAACCCAACAUCCACCCCUUCCCUCCGCAAAACUCCCAAACUCGCCGCCCGCGGCUCGGCACCGCGUCCACCAUCCGUGCACGCCUCCCCCGCGCUGCUCCCUCGCAUCUCGCCCAGUCUGAAGCCCAUGACGAGGGGGCCAUCGAUCAGCGAUGACACCGCCUCGCUGCUGUUGGCGACGAAGUCGAAUUACCAGAAUAUCCUCGAGGGAACCCACCUCCCCGGUGUCUCGUACCCAACAGAGUUAUCAACAAACCUAACCUCAAAGCGAACGAGUCACAAGAUCGCAGAGCAGGGGAGGAGGAAUAGGAUUAACUCCGCCCUCCAAGAAAUCGCGACGCUGUUACCCGGCAGCGCGGCAGCGGGGAGCGGGAGCGGUGAUGCGGAAAACGGUGAUGGUGGGGAAGGAGGAGGGGGGAAGAAUCAGCAGCAGAGUAGUAGUAGUAAGGCCAGCACGGUGGAGCAUGCUAUUGAGUAUAUUAAGGCGCUGAGGGGGGAGGUGGAGGAGGCGACGAGGAGGGCGGAGAGGGCGGAGAAGGCGUUGGCGGAGCAGCAGGCGGCGGCGGGGGCGAUGGAGACGUAGGGUCUUGGGAAAUGGAGAGAUGGUUGAUGGGUGAUGGUUACUAUGGUAAUGGUUUUUGGGGUUUGGAGAAGCGUUGGGAUGGUUGGGAGGCAGUUUGAAGUGUUUUUAUGCGGGCGUUUUUGGGGGGUUUGUGAAUGUGAGAUGUUGUGGGUGUAUUAUACUAUCUAUCUAGCCAGCUGAGGGCGAUUAGCAUAUGACGAUUCGAUGAAUCGAGAUCUAUUGCAAAAUAGACAUUUAUGUUGCAUACUACACUAUAUACUACACUAUAUCCUGGAG